AUGAAUUACAAGUAUAGUCCCUUGUCCGCCGCAUCUCGCGGUACUUUUUCUAUCCGACUGUUGCACCUUUUGCCAACAUGUAAUUCGCAGCCCGAUGGCUCCUUGAGCUGUCGCCUGGUGGAAACAAAGAUCGUCGAUCGCAGCCUUGACACAUCCGCCUUAUCAUAUACUUGGGGGUUGCCGAUAUUUUCACACUCACUGAAGAUUCUAGACAACAAUGACGAUAAUGGUAUUCUCACCUCUCAACUCUCUUCUAGCCGCGAAAUUCGCAUUACUGAAAACUUGUACGCUGCGCUGCGCUGUUUGAGAAAGCAAACCGAGACGCUCGUCCUAUGGGUAGACGCCGUCUGCAUCGAUCAGAACAACAUAGUAGAACGCAACAGCCAAGUUGCCAAUUUCCCAAAAACUUAUGCUGAAGCCACAAGUGUCCUUGUUUGGCUAGGACCGGACGACGUUCUGAGUCAUGGAAGGCUAUGCCUUGAUUUCUUCACCGAACUUGCUGCUAUCAUCCUCGAAGAUCCGAAUAGUGAGAGUGAGAAUGACCAGCGGUCUUGGAGGAAGAGGUUCAGAAUCAAUCAGAGGUCAUGGUUUAAGCGGCGAUGGAUUAUCCAAGAGGUGGUAUUAGCCAACGAUGUCUGGGUGCAUUAUGGUGCAACGAACAUACAUUGGAAUGCCUUUGAGUUGGCCUUGGUCGAACUAUUUGAGAAUGACAAGGGCGGGUUUAGCGACGAUCACCGUACAAUUCUACGGACAAUGUCGCGAAUUAGGAACGCAGAUGCGAUGCUGAAACGGCAGACACCACUCGACACUCUCGUGGAGUUUGACAGCUUUGAAUGCUCAAAUCCCAGAGAUCGAUUAUACGCGUUAUAUGGCGUGAUGCAACACUGGUUCCCAAACUCGGCGGGCAUGCAAGUCCUCGUUGAAAAUAUUAACUACGGACUACCUAUUCGCGACAUCUUCACGGACUUUGCUAUUCUCAUGAUGAAGCUGAGGGACGACUUUCCUCUUGAUAGCAAUUACAACUCCACCACUCACGUACUGCAACUUGCUGCAGCUAUGCGCCCAACACUGCAGAGAGGUGUAGCAAGUCAAGAUACAGGAAUUCCAUCAUGGGUACCAGAUUGGACUGGAAUAAUGCGCCACAAACCGCUCCACCACUCCCCAGAAAGCAGUGAUGCUUCACGAGGGAUACCCAAACAACAUUUCCAAAUAAUGAACCUCAAAAAUAACAGCCGUGCUCUCGUUGCUGUCGGCCUAGUGCAUGACGUUAUUAAGGCUGUCAUCCCACUGGACAUUCUACCUCUCACUGGAGCUGUUCACAAGGCUAAACAUGCACUGAAUAACUUUCUUUGUUCGAUUGCAACAAGUUUCGACGAAAUAGGCUUCUUUUCUUCUGGCAAUACCGACAUCUACAGUCCUACGGGCCAACACAUUAUCAGCGCCAUCGCUGUGAGUUUGGUGGCUAAUUGGGAACAUACUCCCGCCAACUCUUAUUUUGCGCAAGACGCUCGCUUUCCAGCCCAGUUCUUGGAGCAACUGCGUUCCUCGAGGCAUCAUCUACCCGAGAUUUUGCACAAGUGGCCCGCCUACGUUGAACUCGUCGCUAUUACUAUGCGGGGGCGCAGCUUGGUGCUCACGGGGUCAGGGUACGUUGGCAUAUGUGACACCAAUGUUCGGGCAGGCGAUGUAGUAGCAGCGAAGAGUUGUUCAUCUUUGACUAAUGGAGAAAUACCUACAGAAGAGGCUUUUGAGCUACUAGGAGAUGCGUAUAUCCACGCGCUAAUGAAUGGUGAGGCGGCAGAGGGUUUGGGAAAGAGACUUGAGACUUCACUUCGGAGACUAUAUAUAUUAUGA